CUCUGGCUCUGGAGAAUUGUCAAUUUGCAUUCGCCCCCAUUUGCACGUACUUUAAACGCUUGGAGACGCGACUUCUAUUAAAACCGAUUAAAAACUAUUACAACUCAAUGUCGAAACUGCGCGUAUAUGCACGUUACCCGAAGGUGCGCGCGGAACCGUCGGAACAGCGCAGCAUGGAAGCUUAUGCUGGGUUGAAACCGAUGGGCAUUAUCUGCGAAACGGAGCACGUUGCUUAUAGCCGCUCGAUGCUUCCGGACUAUCAUUUGGCGGCGGGCGACCUUGUACUUCAGAUGGGGAUUAUCAGCUUCCGACAUGUUAAACAGGUAAACCGUACCAGACUGUCGUUGUUCGAAGACAUCAGACAUGCCAGGACGAUGAUAAUCAAGAAGCGGUACACCGGCCGUAUCUGCGAGGUAGAGAUUGCACACCGCCUGGACGGUACACCACGCCCGUACGUGGAUCUGCUCAUUUCCUUGCGCCGUUUCCGUAAAGCAAAGCCGGCCAUGCCUGCCCACGCCGAAUAAAACGUAUCGCUUUGGUUGAUUUCACACCGAUUUAGAAAUAAAGCAUAUCGGAGUACUAAUUAGAUA